ACAUUGGUAACAGUGGCACACGGUGGACCCUCAAUCCAGUGUUCUGGCGAGAUUUUCACCAUCUCAGAAGCCAAAAUAAGCUGAUGAAUAAAUCCAACCAGAUGGUGAUACAUGAUGUGUUAAUAAUAGGAAGUGGCCCUCAUGCCCUAACCCUGGCUAGCUUGCUAUCUAGCAAUGACUGGGACCCAAACUCAGACCUUAGACAUGACUCGCUGCUCUCCACCUCCACCACCAAGUCUCAGCCAAGCACAGAAACAUCCAGCAACAAGCCCAAUACUAGCAAGAUGAAGAGGAAGAAGAGGGUAACAGAUGGCCAGGCGAUGGCGCUGCAACAAGCAAUAACUUUGCAGCAAGCAAAGUCGGCCACAUCGGAGAGGACAGUUUAUGCCCCGCUCAGUCUCAGAGUGGUGGACACCUAUGGAGAGUGGACUGCUCUGUGGGAGAGCCAGUUCACAGCUCUGAACAUCGCUCAUCUGCGCUCACACUCGCUGGUGCACACAGACCCUCUCAAUAAGAAAGCGCUGCAGGAAUUUGCUUUAAGGUGCGAGCGCUCGGCAGAGCUUCAUAGCCUCCCAGAGCAGGUUUAUAUUCUGGAUGAAAAUGCGUUCUUUAACGACAUGAGGCUCGGCAAGAAAGAGAGGAAACGUCUAAACAUCAACUCUGCGCUAAAAAAGAGUUUGUCCUUCAGUCUGCCAGGAGCCAAACUAAGUGUGGAUUUCUUCAAGGAGCAGGUGGAGAGAUACAAGUUGGACAAAGUGCUGCUGAAGGGAACAGUGGAGCACAUCACCCCUGUGAAGGAAGACGAGACAGAGAUGAAGGACGAAAACUUGAAAGAGGAGGAGGAAAAUCAGAGCGACGUCCUUAAAGUGUCCGAUGCAAAGAGAAAUGGGGCGGGGAAGAGAGCUAAAUAUUUUCAAGUCCAACUUGAAGAUGGCACCAUCCUAAGAGCCUACCAGGUCAUCAUGGCAACAGGUCCGACCCGUGCCCAGAUGGCGAACAUCCCAUCGUGGGUGAAAAGCAUUGGUGAAAGCUACCCAGAGGAGCGUUUACUGCAUACAGUUCAUCUCAUGCAUCAUCUGCCGAAUUCCAAGCAAAAACCUCGAGAAACAAAUUGUGUGAGAGACAAAGAUACUUUCGCUCCUCAAGUCUGUGAGCCCGGCCAGAGAGUAAUGGUCAUUGGUGGAGGUCUGACCAGCGCUCACGUCAUCUCAAUUGCACUGCAGCAAGGUGCCAGCCAAGUGACAUGGGUUAUGAGAAAACACCUCCAGCUGAAACAGUUUGACGUGGGUGACGUUGAGAGUUUGGUGGGUCGUUACUCUCACGUGGAGCACGGCAUCAAGAUGGAUGGCCAAGCUUACCUACGGCAGUUCUACAAUGAGAGGAGUCUCCACAAACGCCUGGCAAUGAUUCAUCAGGCAAGGAAGGGAGGGGCCGUCACCCCGGAGGCCUACAUCCAACUGCAGCCUUUCAUAGUGAACGGACAGGUGGAUGUGAAGACGUACUGUCAGGUGAGUGAAGCCAGCUGGUGCUACAGAAACCAGGUCUGGAGCCUUUCCCUCAGCACCGGGGAGCACUGGACUGGAGAUAAGAUUUGGAUUGCCACCGGCUGCAAACUUGAUGUGAAACAGGACCCAUUACUUUCUGAAGUGAUGAAGGAAUUCCCAAUUCAGGUGAUAGACGGAUGGCCGUGCAUAAUGGAAAGCUUACAGUGGACAGAAGAAUGCCCGCUCUACCUGAUGGGGCAGUACGCAGCUCUUCAGGUUGGACCUCAUGCAGUAAACCUCGCUGGAGGGCAGGCUGCCAGCAUGAGGAUUGCCAAGGACAUUAUAGGCCGUCAUCAGCAGAAGGGUGGGCAGGCUCUUGAACUAAGUGGACAAAAACCAAAAACUGAAGAAUACAUUCAACAGAUGCGAGGUCUGUUGUGGCUGUAAAAUGACCAUUUAGCCUAAAAAAGUCAAAAAUAGCUGUCAGUCAUCUCUUCCUGGUUAUCCUGGUCAAAGUGUACUUAGAGAAUAAUCAAUGUGGACGACUGAAUAUAUGAUCAAGUGACUAUUUGGGAACUUCAACAAAUGUGGUUUUAAUAAAACUUUAAUUUUUAUGGGUCAAACAGUAUUUUAUUCAUGGGCCGUCAGACAUACAGUCCCAAUCAAAAGUUUAAGCCCACUAGAAAAAUGGCAAAAAAUCCAAUUUUGCAUGCUUGGACCUUAACAAGGUUUCAAGCAGAGCUUCAACAUGCAACAAGAAGAAAUGGGAGUUAGACAAAACAUUUUUUGAGCAUGCAAUUUAUUGAAAACAACAAACAGGCUGUUUUACAGCUGAUCAAGAGUUUAGGACCACAUGCCUUUAAAAAGCCAAAUCUGUGCAAAAAUGUAGAUUUAUUGUCAUUUUCUGUCAGGUAGUCACACUGUGAUGACGUUCUGAUGGCAAAGGCAAAAACACGUUUCCUUUUUGAACGUCGUGGGGUUGUUGAACUGCAUAAACGGGGUCUCUCGCAGCACGCCAUCACUACUGAGAUGGGACGCAGUAAGAUAGUCAUUUGGAAUUUCUUAAAUGAUCCUGAGGAUCAUGGAACAAAAUGUCAAGUGGAAGACCUAAAAAAUUUCACCAGCACUGAGUGAAAAAAUUGUUGUUUGUUUAAUAAAUAAUUUUGAUCAACAAACUUUCUAUGUUUAAAGAUGCCCCAUGGCGUGGUCUUUCUUUACUUGUGACUUCUUGAUGUUGGUAAAUACAAUAAGUGAAAAAUAUAUAAUAUACUUAAUAAUGUACAACACAUUAUGCUUCUGCUCUGAGGUCCUGCCUCCAUGUACUUAUGCAAUUAAUCACAGGACAGCUGGACAGGUGUGUUUAUAAAUAAUAUUAAAUUAGGCCAAUUUUCUUAUCCAUAUUUUUGACCUGAGGGUAGAAUUGAUUGUGAACCGGAAAAGGAAAAUGCUUAUGAA